GUCUUCUUGGGUGAGGCAGCGCACUCAGCUGAUCGGGGAGCUCAUGGGGCGACUGGCGAGAGAUCCGUCAGCGUGGGUGCGGGAGGCCGCUCUUCAGAUGCUGGGGCCUCUGCUCUCCGUGCUAAGGGGCGCUGACAUGCGGGACCUGGUGCACAUGUUCACGAGCAUGGCACAGCCGGGGCCGGUGGAUGCUGACGAUGAUGACGACCGCCUACCGCUCUACUGCGCCUUCAACUUCCCAGCCGUGGUCUGGCGGGACUGGCUGGGGCCGCGCAUCGCGGUGCAGAGCCUGCUGCCGGCGCUGGAGUCACUGGUCACAGAUGAGGACGAGUGCGCGCACCUGCUGCCGCGCCUGCUGUGGCGCCAGGGGGUGGCGCCCGAGGAGAUGGAGGCGCAGGAGAGAGCAGCUCGGGCAGCAGCAGAGGCAGCAGAGGCAGCAGAGGCGGCAGAGGCGGCAGAGGCAGCAGAGGCAGCAGUAAUGGCAGCAAUGGCAGCAGCAGCAGCAGCAGCGAAGGCAGAGGCAGAGGCAGAAGCAGCAGCAGCAGCAGAGGGAGCAGAGGGAGCAGAGGGAGCAGAGGGGGCAGAGGGGGUAGUUGGAGUAGAGGGAGGAGAGGUGGGAGCGGGUUGCGCUCCAGCUGCAGUGGCAGCUGCCAGUGAAGGCGUGGAGAGUGGAGGCAGGCGACCAGAGGGGCUGGUCGUCACUCCCUUGAACCCACCUCCUGAUACGGACAGCCGACGUGCAGAGGGCACUGUUGCUCAAGGCCCCACUAAAGUGGGAUUCGUUAUCAGUAGCGGUCUAAGCCAGGAGGCAAGUGUAGACGAUGAUGAGUAUGUGGACAGCCCCCGGUACCCCCUGCUAGUGCCCUCCUGGGUGCUCCUGGGGGUGCUGCUGGUGCAGAUGCUGUUGGUACUGUGGAUUCUGCUGGUGCUGCGGGUGCUGCUGGUGCUGUAGGUGCGGAUGCUGCUGGUGUGAGCGAUGGCAAUGAGAGAGGGGAGAGGGCGGCUGGGACAGAUGGAGAGGGGAGAAUCCAGGAUGGAGGAGAGGAGGGAAAUGAGGGACUGCGAGGGGAGACAGGGGAUCUGCACGGAGAGAACCCAGGAGCGGAGCAGCGAGGGGAUGAGGGGGAGAAGAAAUCAAGUGCCAAGGUGUGGGGAGAAGAGGCAGGAUCAGGAGGGGUUAGCUCGGUUGUGGGGAGGAGGGAGGCAGGGGGGAGGGAGGAGAGUACUGGGCUUUGGGCGAAGCUGAUGAGUGGAUUGGCUGGUCUCGGGGCAGGUGGUUUGCUGGGGGAGAUGGCAUCUGGGGCAGGCGUGGAGGGUGUGGGAAGGGAUGUGGACAGUAAGUGUGAGGGGUCGAGUGUGGGGUUGAGUGAGGGAACCAGGGAAGAUAGUGUGAGUGAAGGGAGUGUGGAAGGGAAAGAGGAGGGAGAGGCGGAGGGAGCAGAAGGAGCAGAGGGGAGACUGCAGGGCAAAUGGGCAGAGGUGAGAGGGGACCUUGGUGGUGAAGGUGAGGGUGCACCUGAGGGUGAUUCUGGUCGGGGUGAUUCUAAUGAGAGUGAUGCUGGCACACGAGGUGUGGCAGCAAAUGGAUCGCAUAUGGGCGAUUCUGCUGGUGGUGGCUGUGCGGCUGCUCCUGCUGGCAGCCACAGGGGAGCUGCAGGAGGAGCGUGUGGGAAAGAGGGGGAAGAAAAGGGACGGGAGGGAGGAGGCAGUGAGGGAGAGGGAGGAUGGAGGGAUGGGGAGGAUAGAGGGACUAGUGAGAAGGGGGAAGGAGUGAGGAGAAUUGGGGAGCAAGGAGGCAGCAAAAAGGGGGAAGAGGGAGGAGAGAGAGAGGGGGAGGAAGGAGGCAGCAGAGAGGGGGAAGGAGGAGGGGGGAGAGAGUAUGGUGUGGGUGUGGAGGCGGUGUGGGACCGUGGAGGAGAGGGGACAGGUGAAGAGCCAGGGGAUAUGAGCAGAGUGGCAGCAGGAGAAGGGAACAGUGAGGCGGGCAGCGAGGGGGAUCCAGGGCAGGACGGAAGGGGGAGCAGUACGGAGAAGGUCGGGCAUGCACUCAGCACAGCACAGGAGGGAGGGGAGCACGAGCGUCACAGUGAACGUGUUGGACAGGGAGAGCACCAACCCAGAGCCAACCAGCAAGAUGGGCAGCGACAUGCCAGCAACGCGGAUGAGGGAGAGGGGCACCCAACUGGAACGACGCGGCAAGGGGCGGAGAACUACUCUGCCAGCAGCGGUCAAGAGGGGGCGGAGCAUGGGUAUCCUCCGUUAGGCCCCGCGAGGGGGGGAGUGAGCGUGGUCCCUCCAGCAGCGGGCAGCAGUGUGGGGAGUAUCGGUGCCUAUCAGAGAGCUCUCAGAACGACCCCCCUGCGAGCAGUGCGCAGGAGGGCGGGGAGUAUCGGCUGCAGGUGCAGGUGGGCACGCCGGCGCCCAACACUGUGCGUGUCCAUGUGGCGGCUGCUGACUCGCCGAGGCCUCUGGUGCUGGGCGGCAGCAACCCGAGUGCGCAGCUGAGGACCCUGCCCAGCCGCAACCGCCUGCGGCCGCAGCUGAGGCUGCCAGGGCGGGAGAGCAGCUGGCACCUGCGACUUGCUGCACUCAGCCAAGCCUCAGACGUGGCUCAGCUGCUGCCGCCCAACAGCACCUCCCUGCCCCUCCUCGUUGACCUCGUGCUCACUCUCUGCAGGUAACAACCGGUGCAGGUGAUAUCUAGUUCAGGUAACAUCUGGCGCAGGUACUUUUGAUGCAAGCGUCAGCCAGUACACAUAACACCCAGUGCAGAUAGCUACCGGUGCAGGCGAUAACCAGUGCACGUAACAACCGGCUUUGCUCCGCAGCUCCUGUGUGCAGGUCCUAUCUAAAACCUCCUGGUUCCUACUCCCCUGCUCUCUUCCUUUAUUGUGUUGUGCGGCAUCCUUCAAUUUUACUCCACACUACCA